GCAAGCCCCGACUACUUCUGGGAUCCAGCAGGCUCUCCGGCGCCUACAUCCACGUUGGUGGCACGCGUACCGGAGGUGGAGCUGACGUGGAUGGCGAGACAGUGCGUGCCAGGCUUUUAUAGCGCAAUCCAGAAUGUUGUGAUCAACAUGACUCUUAACAUCUUGUUUGAUGUUUUCCUUGGUGCCUGUCUUGGCGUAGUUUACAUGUGGUACAUUACUUUGUCGAUGCGCAACAGAAUGAUGCACAUUGUCUAUGGCAAUAUGGGUCAGGGCCGUAAAGGCAAGAGUAAAGGCGCUGCCAAAGGUGACGCUAAAGGGAAAGGCAAGGCCGGCUCUGAUGUUCGCGUUGAUGCAGUGGCACCCUCUGCUUCCAUAACUGUUCGUUGUGGACUCAGUGUCAUGGGCAGCGAGGGCAUCCGAACUCACACUGAGGUUGACCGUUUUUUGGUACAGUUGGGAUUCGGCGAGGCGGUCCUUCAGAAUAUGCGGGGCGUUGAGGCAUGGUUGGCCAUCCGGACCACAUCCGGCCUCAGUCAUCAUGUCCGUCCUUCAGCCAGCUUUUUGCUGCAUUCUGAUUUCGUUGAUGUCCUGCUCAAAAGCUCGGGCAAGCGGGGAUCCUUCUUCAAGACCGGGGAGGGUGUUGACAUGGAACUCCUAUGGUUACCGGAGGGCUUCGAUCUUGUACGUGCCAUCAAAUUGGCCACUCAUGAUACCUGUUAUGGGGUGGUGGAAAAAGGUGGUGCUUUCCAUCCGCGGUUUGCUAUCCGCUUCCGAUCUCUUGAGUCACUUCGCUCCUUCGCCAAGGCCAACAACAUAGUUGAUUUGAGCGCGUUCGGAAGGUGGAAAUUGUCGGGUAUUCAUGCCUCCACGGGCUUGCACGGUGUAGCCGCGUUAUUGCAGCAACUCAAGUGGCUUGAUGUCCAGAUUCUUUAUCUUACUGAGGGUCACGCUGUGUUUCUCGCAUCCAAUCGUGGGUGGGAUGAUCCAGCUUUCUUUCGUCUUCACGGUACUUCGCGGCAGCUUAUCUUCAAGGCUCUCAAUUCACAGGCGCGGGGCAUGGCACGAGAUGGUAAUGCACGCAGUUCGGUUGUUGAGGAGCCCAAAACCCCCAUGCGAUCGUUGGCAUCCUCGCGGAAAGGUCAAUCGGAUUUUCUGGCCAAGGUGUUUCCCCAAGGCGUGCCCAAGGCUGAUGAGAAGAUCGCAGCAGACCCGGAGAAGCGUCAGGCAAUCGACCACACAGGUGAGACUCCCGAGCCCCAGCGGAUGGUCAAUGGCAACACACAGCCUUUUCGUAUUUGUUAUUUGAAUGCUGAUGGAUUUAUGGGCAUGACCCGUGGUCCCGCAAUUUCGGCGUUGCCCGCUGAUGUUAUUGCUAUUUCCGAAACUCAUCUCACAGCUGAUCUGCUUAAACUUGUGGACGGUUCCUUUCCUCGUUUCCGGGCCCUUUGGGGUGCUCCUUCCCAAGCCGGGGUCGGCUUUCUUGUCCGCGAUGCUGCUGUUUGGACGGUUCGUCCCAUUCAGUGGACGGCUAGUUCGCCGUGUCAUCGGCACUUCAUUGCGGGACGAUUACAUGGUAUUUCUUUGUAUUUGGGCAAUGGCAAGAAGCAGUUACUUUGCUAUGUCAUUUACGGUCACAGCGGUGCGCGUUGGAGUUCCCAACUCAAGAAACGGACGCACAAUAUUGUUGAAGCCGUGCUGAGCGACGCUGCUUCACGCGGCUUACCCGCGAUUUUCGGUGGGGAUAUCAAUUUGGAGGUCUCCGAUUCUGAUUUGUUACAACGACUGCCGCAACUUGGUUGGUCUCGUUUGGCAGAUGCCGCGGGCUUAGGUCAAGCUCCUACAUGUUUCAAGGGUGGUGGCAGCGUUAUUGAUCACAUGUAUUGCAAUCAACUUUCGAUGGCUUCGUUUACUGCCUUUUUCCAUGGUGACCGCAUGCAUUUUGCGGACCACAAUCCAUUAUUCGGUCAUUUCAACGUUGGCGUCGCCUCCCAGGUGGUUUUUCGGAAUCGCCAUUAUACUAAUCAUCCUGUUGAUGGUGCUUACGCGCCUCUAUCGGGAAGAGUUGUCACAAUACAUCACACGUUUAGCCUGUGUUUACAGCGUGGCGAUGUGGAUUCGGCUUUUCGCUAUUGGAAUCAAUAUGCGGAGAAACAUCUCUCAGCUAUUAUUGUGGCGGUUGCUAACGACAGUGGUUCCUUUCAACAUGGUCGUGGGACGGUGAGAGUUGAUCCGCAACCCUUGUGGCCGCCUAGUCGGUGUGGUGAUGUCGCCUCUCUCGCCAUCUGCCGCUUAUGGAAGCAAUGUUGUCGUAUGGUGCAGCUUCAGAAGCAAACCUUCGGCGAACUUGCGCGCCGCACUUGGUACAAUGCUGCCCGUGGUCUGUCCGACUUGUCUGAGGGUGAGAUGGCCGAAGCGCGGCGCUUGCUUUCUGGUCGUUGCCUUUUGGAAUCUGUGGUGCGUCUUCGUUCCAUUUUUGAACAUGCCAUUGUGCGGGUUCAGCGUGAACAGAAACAUGCUCGCAUCGCGUCUUGGAAGGCAAAGUUGCAGAGCUCUGUUCGUGCACAACACACUUGGCUUCGCAAUGAUGGUGUUGUGGAUGGCAUUUGUUUUCAGGGCACGGAUGGCCAAAGGACCGCUAACGUUGCGGAGCAGUUUGAGGCAGUGCGUGAAGCUUGGAAGGCAGUCAAUGAGCUUUUCAAGGAUGGUGUUUCCAGUCCCGGCUUAGAUGGGUGGUCUUAUCCUGAUCUCAAGAUCCUCGCGCAAUAUGCUCCUUGGGUAUUUGACGAGCUCUGGCCAGACAGUUGGGCAAGCAUUGGCAAGAUGGAUGGGCUCAUGACGGCAUGUUUGGUGGUCGGCAAGGACGUGGUUGUGAACCUCUUCUAUUUCAGGCAUUUGAUAGGAUUCCCAGAGAACUUCUUGGUCACAUUCUGCGCAAAAUGGCGCUUCCUUGCUGCGUUUUGCUGUCCUCUUUCCAUGAUUGCUUUGAAUGCCGUCAUCAAUAUUUGGUUGAAGGCUCUGAAUGCGGAGGUCCUUGGGUGCAAGCCUCGAGCCUAUGCUGACGAUGUUUCCGUUUCAUCCACGUUCGUGGCUGCCAUAGGCUGGAAACUCUUCGGUCUGACGUCAUGCGAUGUUUAUUGCGACGCCAUCGCUAUGGUGAUGGAUGGACUUUUAGUCGCCUGGAGGGCCAUGAAGUUUGCCGGCAAUCGCGCGCAGGUCAAGUACCUGUUUUACAAUGGCGCGGCCGUGCUUCGCUUGUUGCUCACGGGCGGACUUUUUACCAGGGACCUUGCGUCACAGCACAAGACCAAGAAGGACGCCAUUUUGGAGAACGGCCAUUAUAUCGUCGCCAUGAUGGGUGGUGGCGUUUGGUGCCGCAAGUGCGGCACGUUUGUGCGGGAACCCAAGCAUAGGUACCAAGAAACGCAGGGCUCCUACUCCACCAAAGUGGGGUGGCAGCGCAACGGCCUGCACAUCCCCGACACGACCAACUUCUGGGAUCCAGCAGGCUUCACCGCCGAUGGUAGCGUGGAGAACUUCAAGCGACGCCGCCAGACCGAGCUGAAGCACGGACGCACCUUUACUCCAGAUGCAAUAUUGGUUUUCUUAAUGUUUGCACCCUACGACACAGCUUCGAUAUCCACAGUGAUGGCUCUGUUUCCUCUGCGGGAGUGGCCGUGGGAGACGGUUUCGUCUUGCUUUUCGCUGGUUCCCAAGGAGAUGGUUCGCAUGGAGGCGUCGGCCUCCUCUUAUCACCUCCUGCUGUCAUGGCGUGGCGAGCUGCGGGCUCCAAAUGCAAGGCCGACUUUCCUUUUGUCCUUGAUACGCAUGCUUUACCAGGACCCUCGCGUCUCGCGGACGUUCUCCUCUGAGCUUUAUGCGCGGUUCACGGAGCUGCAGGAACCUCUGACUUUCGUCACGUUGCCGACUAUGUUGCGACAAGCCGCUGAGUCUACGCUGCGUCCCACUGCCACUUCCGCCUCGGACUGGCGCGCUGGGCACACUGACCAACUUGUGCUUUUAGCCCAGCGGCGUCAGGCAGCCUUCACGAGUUGGCGCGCCGACCCCACCAACCCUGCCCUUCUACAGGCCCUGCAGCAGGCUCGCUCCGCCAGCCGUGCUGAGGUUCGACGCUUCAAGACACAGUGGUGGCAGCAGCAGUGUCAACGCUUGGAGGGCGCCGUCAGGAGCCGCCAGGCCUACCAGCUUUUCGACGACGCCAGACGCUUGGGACGUCUCGCCAAGGAGCGUGGCCUCUUCGUGUCGUCGUUAGGGAGUACCCACGCCACUGAGGAGGACCGCCUCAUUCUGACUGCAGUUCACAGUCUGGUCUGUGACUUUUGGAAUAGCCGGACACCGGACGAGGACUUGCGCAAGUGGCAUGAGUCCCUACUGUUUGUCCUUUACAAGGGUAAAGGAGGGGUCGAGACCUUGGAGAAUUUCAGGGGCGUUGUGAGUUUGGAUAUUGUAUAUAAGCUGGUAAGCCGCCUUCUUAAUAGCAAGCUUGUCGCAGUUGUUGAGCAAGUCGCGGAUGAGACAGAACUGGGCUACCGCCGAGGGCGCGGAGUGACGGACGCCGUCUUCUGUGCCAGACGCGUCAUCGAAUCUUGGAGAUUCAGCAACCCUGAUGCUGCAGGCCCUGCAGGCGCUCCAGAUGCGUU